AUGCGGGUGAAGCUGUGCGGGGCGGCGGGCGGGCGGCUGGGCACGCUGGCGGGGCUGGGCCGGAGCGGGGCGGCCGCCUUGGCGCUGCCCGGCUGCCUGCUGUACACGCGGACCGGCACGGCGCCGCACCUCACCCGCGACACGCUGCGCGAGGUCGGCGGCGUGCCUGCCGUGGCACAGCUCACGCUGCCCACCAUGGCCGAGUUGCACGACGUCCUGGAGGAGUACAAGGAGGGAGCGGCGAAGUUUAUAGGUAUGCCAGAUACAGUGCUGUACUGCUCCCUUCAAGAUCCAGCUGCUCCUUGUCCUUCUGGCUACAACACCAACAAGACAGUGUCCCUGUGGGGCAGCUCAGGACGCAUGGAAAUGACAGCUUCCAAGUUCAUGGACAUACAGCGGGCUAUCCAGCCUGACUGGUUCCAGUGCAUUGCUGAUGGAGACACUAUUUCUGGAGAAGUUACUAGAAAAAGGGCCAAGAAGUCUGUGGACAGAUCGCUUUCCUUCCUGGAUGUAUGCCUUCAGCUGCUGGAAAAGGCACCGGAACUACAAGGAAGUGUAAUGUUUGGGACAAUUGAAGGUGGAGAUGUCUUGGAAGAGAGGCUCAGAUCAGCCAGGGAGACUGCCAAGAGACCCGUGGGUGGCUUUCUGUUAGAUGGCUUCCAGGGACAUGCCAUGGCAAAGGAGACCAAAUUGAACCUGAUUUCUUCUGUGACAGCAGAGCUGCCAGAGGAUAAGCCAAGAAUCAUCCACGGUGUGGGCAAACCAGAUGAGGUGCUUGAGUGCAUUGAAAGGGGAGUGGACAUCUUUGAGAGCUUCUUUCCCUUCCAGGUGACGGAGCGAGGCUGUGCCUUGGUGUUUGGCUAUGAUUACCAUUCAGAUCCCAAAGCAGCAGCAGCUUUAAAACAAAAUGGGGCCCAGGACCUGGAGAAAAAUGGUACUGAAGAAGACGAGGAGGAGGUUGUCAAAGUUGACCCAGAAAUGACACCAUUUGAGAUAUUUCUGAAGGAGAAAAGAUACUAUGAUGAUUUUCGUCCUUUGCUGGAAGGAUGUAGCUGUUACUGUUGUCAGAGGCACACUCGCGCAUACCUCCAUCACCUCCUUGUGAGCAAUGAGCUUCUGGCUGGGGUCCUGCUCAUGAUGCACAACUUUCAGCACUACUUCAGCUUCUUCAGUGCCAUCCGAGAUGCCUUAAGAGACGACAAAUUGGAUCAGCUGAAAAAGCUCAUCUUCAGUCAGGCACUGCAAGGCCCAGAAAAUGCAAAGAUAGACGAGUGAGUUCAGAGAAAAUAGAGGUCACAGCUUACGUCCUUACCCAGUGGGACUGCUGAAACUUCACUGCUAGCAGAAUCACCUGUUAGGUACUAAAAUGCCUCCCUUCCUGGAGGGACUGUAAAUGGAUGUUUUAAGAUCUCACUUCCAGGCAGGGAAGGAAGAUUUUACUCAAUCAUCCCUUGAAGUUAAUUGGCUUGGUGCAUUCUCAGGUUAUAGAAUAGUCUGAACAGCUCAUAAAACCAAUAUGGACAGCUUUGUUUCCAGUUAUGCGUUGGUGGCUUUCCAUGUGUGAGAACUCUGAGCGGAAGCUCAGCAGCUGUUUGGGUCUUUUGCCCCUCUUCCCCAAAAAUGCCUGUGAUGAGGUUGUCCCCUCAUGCAGCUCCUUCUGAGAUCCUGCCUCAGCCUAGCACACAUGCUCCUUGUGAACACUGCCAGCAUCCAUGUCCCCAAAAAGAAAUGGUUGGAAGUGUGCUGUAUUUAGUGGCACAAAGACACCAUACCCAUACUUAUGUUAUUCUGCAGUGCAGAAUGCUGUCUGGGCUCUCCACUUCAGCCCUUUUUACUCUGUAUCCUUUACAUCUCUAUGGAUUAAAAUUUCAGUCCUUUACCGGAGUAUAAAUGAUUGUGUGCCAUUCUUUCCAGCUGUCCUAGCACUGGACUUAUAGCAGGCUCCAUUAAUGCCAGUUUGAGAUGGAGCUGUGGAAGGGGUGUAUCACAAGAAAAGGCAUUCAGACAAGAUUCUGUUUGUUUCUUUGUUUUAAGAUUUUGCUUUGUUAUGUCACAUUCCUUUUAUUCAGCUCUCUUAUGCCUCUGACUUUGUAAUUAUGGAUUUAUUCUUUUUAUAUUGCAAAGCAACAAUAAAUUCUUUUCUUUUUUUUAAAUUCCA